AACUGGCUGACUAUACAAAGUUCCCGUGGCUAGGACGCGGGCCCAUUCCGCUGUGGCAGACGACACGCGAAGCACCCUCGCCUCAUACUCACCGAAUUCGAUAUGGACCUCCUUUUCACAUUUGUCUUGUUGACAUGCCUACACCAAGGAUUAACCGCGGACCGGUCGCCUCUACCCGACCUCCCACCGGGAGAGGCCCCAGAGCCUAUUCUAACCUUCAUGGAGAGGACCUACAAGACUGGUCGCGGUAGGACGUCGUAUGACGCGGGCUCGCCUCUGCUUCUCACGCCGUAUAUUGAGGAAAAGAAGCUGGAUGAAGCCAGGAAAGCGGCCUAUGUUGACCCGGAGUACCUGCUGCCCGGUAUGGACAGCUAUGCUGGGUAUUUGACGGUGAACAAAGAAUACAACGCCAACCUAUGGUUCUGGUACUUCCCAGUAUCUGGGAAGUCAGCGGAAGACACACCCUGGAUCAUCUGGCUCCAGGGAGGUCCAGGAGCUUCUUCGCUUUAUGGACUCUUCACGGAAAUUGGACCUUUCUUUGUCUCUAAGGACAAUAACUUGGAAGAAAUCCAGCACUCGUGGGGUAAGAACCACUCGCUGCUGUUCAUCGACAACCCAGUGGGUACCGGGUUCAGCUUCACCGAUGACGACAGAGGAUAUGCCACCAACCAAACCACGAUCGGAGAAAAUCUCUACGAAGCGCUGCAGCAAUUCCUUACAAUCUUCCCGGAGUUAAGGAAAGCUCCUCUCACGAUUGCUGGCGAGUCGUACGCGGGGAAACAUAUACCUUCGCUCGGUGUGCAGAUCCUUUGGCACAAACAUGAGCGUGAACCUAUUAAUCUUCACGGCCUUGCCAUCGGCAACGGUUUCAUAGAUCCCCUAACUCUGCAAAGGUACAGUUACUUCGUGCGAGAGGUCGGCUUAGUUGACGACAAUUCUGCAAACUUCAUGAAGCACUUGGAAACGGCAGUCGUACAGUUCAUCAAUAAUGGCGAGAUGGUGAAGGCUUAUGCUUACUACAACUACCUCCUCCAAAUAUUCCUGACACGGUCAAAGCUUUCGAACCUGUACAACUACCUGCAAGAUGACAUCGAUCUAGACGGAGCCUACAUGGACUUCCUUCAGAGGAGUGAGGUCAGGAAGGCGCUGCAUGUUGGCAACACUAACUUCACGUCUAUAGGAGUGGUGUACAGGAAACUUGUGCCUGACUUCAUGGGCAGCGCUAAAAUGUGGCUCGAAGAGUUGUUGGAGAACUACAAGGUUAUGCUUUACAAUGGUCAUUUGGACAUCAUAGUUGCGUACCACCCGUCAGUGAACACCUAUGACUCGUUGUCAUUCUCUGGAUCUUCACAGUUUGCACAGGCGAAGCGAUCACCCUGGUACCAUGAUGGCAAAUUAGCUGGGUACUACCGAGUAGCUGCCAAUCUGACAGAGGUCAUGAUCCGAGGUGCCGGUCACAUGGUGCCAGCAGACAAGCCAGCCGCCUCACUCGGUCUUAUCUCUGCCUUCGCCCGGGGCAUCUCACUGGACGAUGAUACUGGCAGCCUAGUGAACUCAGAAAAAAACUUGCCGCGACGAAGUCCCUUGCCAGUGCAGUAGUCGACUCGAAGAUCUUACUAUACGCUUACUUAGUUAUAUUCGGGAUUGUUUGUACGAUGGAAAAUGCAUAAUUAUUUCUAUUAAAUAAAUAAUGCCCAAA